AUGACGUCCCCAACUCCAUCUCCAGCACAACCUCUAGCACCUUCACCACCGUCUCCUCCGCCAUACCGCCAAAUCCGCGCCCACCGUCCCACCCCUUCAACCCUAAUCGUCUACCAAGCCUACUCCACCACCAUCGCCACCGCCGCCGUCGCAGACCAGAACCUCUCCGCGAGCCCCUCCUUCAAAACGACACGCAUGACGUGGAUCAAACCCUCCUGGGCCUGGGUCCUCUACCGCAGCGGCUACUCAUACAAGGACUCGCGACAGUCGCGCAUCCUCGCCAUCGAGAUGACGGUCGAUGCGUUUGAGGGGUUACUCCGGAAGGCGGUGGUAGGGGAGGGCAGGGGGCGGGAGGAGGGGAAGGUGAGGGUGCAAUGGGAUCCGGAGAGGGAUGUUUGGAUGGGGAAGUUGGGGUUCAGGAGCAUUCAGGUGGGGAUUCCGGGGGUAUUGGUGGAGGGGUGGGUGGAGGGGAUUGUGGGGAUUACGGACGUUACGGAGAGGGCGAGGGAGUUGAAGAGGGUUGUUGAUGAGGAGGGGGAAGUUGGGUUGGGCGAGUUGGUGGAGAGGGGGCUGGUGCCGGUUGAGACGGAGGUUGUGGUGGAUGAGGAGUUGAGGGGGAUAUUGAGGAUGGAGAGAGGGAGGGAGGAGGGCGAGGGCGAGGGUGAGGUCAGUUGAUUUUGGGGGGUUGAUUCGAAAUGAAUACCCUACGGGAUGUAUGAUUGAUGUAAUGGCAUCACGGAAUGUCGACAGUCAUGGAAUGUGAGGAAAAUGUGUAUAAGCUUCGUGUGUACUCACUACAACUAGGUGUAGCAAAGGAUAUCUUACUUUUGGC